AUGGCGUCGCACGACGACGCAAUCACCGCCCCCGACGCCAUUGAAGAUGAGAUUGCGCAGCUAGAGGCCAAGCUGCACGCGGCGCGCGGCCGUCUACACGCCGCCAAGCAGCAGCAGCCGCCCUCACCAGAUACUGCGACGCAGCUACCCGUGCGAAUACCGCCUCACGUCUCAUCCCCCGGUACCUUUUCAACCCACUUCCUCCUGCUCCUCUCCGACUCUGCGCUCCCCGUCGGCUCCUUUGCCUUUUCCUCCGGCCUCGAGUCCUUUCUCGCGCACUCGCCCCGCCACACGCCCUUUUCCGCCUUUCUCCCCCUGUCCCUCGCGUCCUUUGCCUCGACGACGCUCCCCUUUGUCCUCGCCGCGCACCGCGAGCCCUCGGCGCUCGCCUCCCUCGACGACCAGCUCGACGCCGCCAUCGUCUGCACCGUCGGGCGACGCGCGAGCACCGCCCAGGGCCGCGCGCUGCUCUCCAUCUGGGAGCGCUCCUUCAAGUCCACCAUGCCUGCUUCAUCAUCCGCCACCGACAUGGAGAUCCUCAAGGACUUUUCGACGCUGCUGCGCCAGAGCGGCGGCAUGGACGUGCCGCUCGUGUCGGGCCACUUUGCGCCGCUGUUUGGUGCGGUGUGCAGCUUGGUGGGACUGAGCCUGCGGCAGACGGCGUACGUGUUCAUGCUGAGCCACGUGAAAGCGCUCGUGUCGGCGGCGGUGCGCGCGAGCAUGUUUGGCCCGUACCAGGCGCAAAAGGUCCUGGCGGGCGAGGGCGUGCAGGACGGCGUGAAUAGGGUGAUUGAGAGGGAGUGGGAGACAAAGGUGGAGGAGGCCGGGCAGAGCGUGCCGGUGAUGGACCUGUGGAUUGGACGGCACGAGGUCUUGUAUUCGCGCAUCUUUAAUAGCUGA